AUGUCUUCCGAAUGUUCUGGGUUUGUGAAGGAGCGUCGGUUCGGUGUUGGGCAACUAAAGACAACAUACUGCUGCAAACAGGUCAUAUUUAUUUAAAAUAUUACAGUGGAAGCAUAAAUAAAAAGAUAUUGCAAAUAUGAUGCGUGCACCAGUCAUGGUUUUAAAUACCAACACUAAGAGGGAGAGUGGAAAGAAAGUGCAAAUAAGUAACAUUGAAGCAGCAAAGACUGUUGCUGAUAUUAUUAGAACAUGUCUUGGGCCGAAAGCUAUGUUAAAAAUGCUAAUGGAUCCUAUGGGCGGCAUUGUGAUGACCAACGAUGGCAACGCCAUUUUGCGUGAAAUUCAAGUGCAACACCCGGCAGCUAAAAGCAUGCUAGAGAUUAGCCGAACACAAGAUGAAGAAGUUGGUGAUGGAACAACUUCUGUUGUUAUUUUGGCAGGAGAGGUUCUUUCAGUAGCCAGCCAAUUUAUCGAAGACAAAAUCCACCCUACGCUUAUUAUUUUGGGGUAUCGUAAAGCGCUUGACGACAUGCUUGAAAUCCUUAAAGAACAGAUCAGUAUUCCAGUUGACAUAAACAAUGAUGAGGAAAUGCUGAAAAUUUUAAAAAGUUGCUUGGGAACUAAAUUUAUGAACCAAUGGUCGGAACUUGCAUGUAACAUGGCACUAAAAGCAACUCGCACGUGUAUAAACGAACAAGGUGGUCGUACUGAAAUUGACAUUAAACGCUAUGCGAAGGUAGAGAAGGUCCCAGGAGGCACACUAGAAGACUCCUGUGUCCUUGAUGGUAUAAUGAUCAACAAAGAUGUUACUCACCCCAGAAUGAAAAGAAGGAUCGAAAAUCCACGCAUAUUGUUACUGGAUUGUAAUUUAGAAUAUAAAAAAGGAGAGAGUCAAACCAAUAUAGAGUUAAGUCAAGACGCGGACUUCAAUCGCAUUCUUCAGUUAGAAGAGGAAUUUAUAAAAAAAAUGUGCGACCAUAUUAUCGAGAAAAAACCAACCUUGGUGUUUACAGAAAAGGGUGUUUCAGAUUUAGCACAGCAUUACUUAGUCAAGGCUGGAAUAACUGUUCUUCGUCGGCUGAAGAAAACAGACAACAACAGAAUCGCUAGGGCCGUAGGGGCGACUAUCGUCAAUCGACCAGAAGAGAUUAAAGAAGAAGACAUGGGUUUGAAAUGUGGAUUAUUUGAAGUCAAGAAAAUUGGCGAUGAAUAUUUCACUUUCCUGACAAAAUGCGAGAAUCCGAAAGCUUGCACGAUUCUUUUGCGUGGUGCUAGCAAAGAUAUUCUAAACGAGGUAGACCGUAACCUUCACGACGCCAUGCAUGUAGCAAGAAACGUUAUGGUCGAUCCACGUCUAGUACCGGGAGGUGGUGCAGCAGAGAUGGCUCUGUCUCAUGCUUUAGAGCAGAAAUCAAAAAGUGUAACUGGUGUAAUCCAGUGGCCUUAUAAAGCUGUCGCACGUGCUCUGGAAGUAAUACCGAAAACUUUAAUCCAAAACUGUGGAACUAAUGUCAUUCGAACAUUAACUGCGCUGAGAGCGAAGCAUGCUGAAGGAGGAAACAGUUCUUGGGGCAUAGACGGUGAGACAGGCGUUAUUGCUGAUAUGAAGGAUGUGGGCGUGUGGGAUUGCUAUUCAGUGAAAGCUCAAACAUACAAGACCGCCAUCGAGACCGCCAUGCUGUUGCUACGAAUUGAUGAUAUUGUGUCUGGCACAAAGAAAUCUUCUGGAGAAGCAAAUGCACCCGCUCCUGAUGACGCUCCCCCGAUGGUGACUUAAACACGCGCUGCACUUCACGACGGAGUAUCUUUCACCGACGUUUCUGUUCACACAUGAACAAAUUCCAUCUGUAUAUUUUUCGUUCACAAAAAUAAAAUUAGCGAUCGUUUGA